AAAUACAAAAGGCUCGUGUCUGGUUCGAGUGUCUUAAGCUAGCCUGGAUAGUUACGACUAUGUUUGGUUGGUCGCAUGGUGUGAUAGGAUAACCCGUUGAAGGUAAAGUUAGCCCAGCAUCUCUCCUUGGUGCCCAAGCCAUCCUUCUCCACCUGACCACCUCGACGCAGCUCGUCCUCUGCCUCCACCGUCGCCUCCUCCUCCUUCCCCCCUUGGUCGGCACUGACACAGUCCAAUAGAGCUACAGUAAAGCUGAAUCGAGCUCCGGCUCGCCUCAAUCGAACUCGAGCACAUCCCAAUCGAGCUCCGACGAGGCUGAGCUUGAGCAUGGUCGGAUCGAUCGCUCCAUCUUCUUCCCGCUCAGCCCGACGCGCUCCUCCAAGCCCCACGUCCCCGAAUCCCAUGCUAGGACCGCUGACCCCACACUGUGCCAUCCCCCUCGCCCACAGCGACGUGCUCCACGCCGCGCUUGCCAAGCGCCCGAGCUCUCCUCACCCUCACUGCCAAGGAAAAAGCUCGCCUUCAUGGCCAACGCCGUUCUCGCACUUGCCCCGCACAAGCCCCGCCAGCAAGGUCUUCCCGCUCAAUUGAUCUCCGGCGAGGCUCAAUCGAGCUCGAACACUGCCUAAUCAAGUUCCAGCGAAGCUCCGUUGAGCUCGAGCUGGACCAAAUCAGGCUCAGCUCGAGCUCCCUCCGCCUCGGACUUGCCCGGCUGCCGUGGACUUGGUGAGGAGCAAGGACGCUGGUGGUGAUGAAGUCCCCUUGCUUUUCUCUCCCUGCUCUUGCUUUGCCUCCUCACUGUGCCGGACUAGGAACCUGAUGUCGCUGUGCCCCGCAUGAAUGGAGGCCAAGCGAUUCAACAAGGAGACAAGCUCCGACGUGCUGGGAUACCAACCUGGAAGCUUGUUUAGAAAAAUAAAUUUAGAGCACUCAGGAUAAAGUAGUAGCCCAGCAGUGUACAGGGGGCCUGUCUGAUGGGCACACGCAACUCUCCGACCGUUGCUUUUCUUCUACGGCCUACGGGAUUGUGCACGGGGGUUUCCUUUUCCUUUGGGCUGGGUGCAGCCGUGCGGUUACCGACCGUUGCAAAACCCCACCAACCCCAUUUCGAAACUUGAGGCCCGGCGCACCGCGAAACCGCACCACCACUUGCGCAGUUGCAAAUCACGCGUUCCGAGAAAGCGGAGGCAGAGAUGGAGAACGGAGGCGGUGCCAAGCCGACGACCCGGUUCGGCUUCUCGUGGGCCGACGAGGUCGAGCGCGAGGAGCGGGAGCAGGUCGCGAUGCAGCAGCAGCAGGAGGAGGAGGCGAAGAGGGAGCAGAUCAAGGCCAAGGCGGACCCGUUCGGCGCGGCGCGGCCGCGGGAGGUGGUGCUGGCCGAGAAGGGCGUCGACUGGCGCGCGCGCGACCGCGAGCUCGACCUCGGCACCGCCCCGCGCCCGCCGCGCAGCGCCGCCCGCGGCCACAGGCGCACCGCCGCUACGGCUGCGGCAUCCGCGUGUGCGGCGACGCCGGCGCGCGGUGUGCUGCCGCUGGACCGGGACGCCGGACGGACGCCGCACCCGCGGCGGCAGGCUCCUGCUGCUGCCUCGGCGCCGCGGCCGCCGCCGACAGGCCGCAGGAACGAGACGCCGGUUGGCCGCAGCGCGCGGGGCGGCAGCAAGAGGAAAUUCGCCGGGGACGGCCCCGUGCGACGAGCCCCACCUGUUGGCGACCACGCCGAGCAGGGGAGGAGGGUCUUCGGCGAACUCAAUGUCAGCAACGGCUAUGGAUCCUCGAUCUGCGGCUCUGCGGCCGGGAACGGCUGCAACUGCAACCCGGGUGGGGGUCAGGCCGACGGGAUGAAAGCGGCUGGUGCCGUGGCUGCGGACGGUGCGCCAUCGAACGCGGUGGCCGCAACCGGGCUUGAUGAAUCUGCUGCUGGUCAGAAGAGGAGCAGGGGAGGGAAAGGGAGGAAGGGGAGGGGAUCGGGCAAGGCCAAGAAGCAGCAGACUCUGCCAGUCUAGGUACUAGAGCUGCUACACUGAUUACUGAAUAAUGAUGACUGGUGAACUGAACUAAAAUUAGAUGGUGUUUAGUGCAGUGUUAACUUUGGCUGGAGCAUCGAUUGUGCAUCAGUAGGAGAUUAGUGCAUUGAUUGUGUGCUAUGAACUGAUUUCAUCGUGUGGAAAUGUUCUGUACUGAUUGGAUUGUGUGCUAUCAACUGAUUGGACUGAUUUACGGUCAGUGA